AUGGAGAUUAGAGUAUUCUCCAAGCUUGUAAACAAAAGCCUGGUGGCUGAGGAGUGUCUGAGGAAGGCAGUAGUGGAGAGAGGAAGUCAGAGGAUGCCUUUUCAAAGGGCUCAAGGAAGGAAUUUCGCACCAAGAGGCAGAAACUUUAAGCGUGGAGGCUUCGCACCACAGCACAAUCAGGGUCAAAAUAGCUUCAGGAUGCAGAAUAACACUGUUAAUCAAGGGAGAAGGUUCUGUGUGAGUCCUGACCAGGAUAGCAUUGAACCACAGCUAGAGAAUGCACUGCAGAUUCCAAGAUCGUGCCUGGAGAAGAAGUAUGAGACUGGCAGAGUACAGCAACCAGGGAGAGUAUUCACUACUUCUGCAGCAGGUGCUGAGGGAUCCGAGAUACUAAUCAGAGGUAACUGUGAAGUAGCUGGUAAACUUUUAAAUGCUUUGUUUGAUUCUGGAGCGACGCAUUCAUUUAUAGCAUUUGAGAAGGCUAGUGAACUAAGAUUGAAGAUUGUGGUCUUAGAUUAUGAUCUGAAGGUGCAUAAUGCCACUUCUAAGGCCGUUGUGACUAGGUUAGGAUAUUGGUUGUCUAAGAACCGCGUGUUGUUGAACUGCUCUGAAAGGACGUUACACUUUAUGUCAGAAGGGUCGGAAGGGCCAGUUGUGGCGAAAGAUUAUUAUCUGAACUCCGUUGUUGUGAACUGCAGUGGGUGUGAAUGCGCAGGUGUUGUUUUGUUGGCGGCAAAUGUGUCGGGUGAGGAACAAACCUUAGAGCAAAUUCCGGUUGUAUGUGAAUUUCCUGAAGUGUUUUCGGACGACAUUCUUGAAUUUCCUCCUGCUCGAGAGAUCGAGUUUGCGAUUUAG